AUGAUAACUAAAAUCGGAAAUAAUGCAUUUAAAGGAUGCUCAUUGUUAACAAGUAUCACAAUUCUAGGAAGCGAGGCAUAUAUUGGAAAUAGUGCAUUUGAAGGAUGCACAUCAUUAACAAGUAUCACAAUUCUAGGAAAUUUAGUAUCCCUUGGAGAUCAUGCAUUUUAUUUAUGCACAAACUUAACAAAUAUUCCAAUCACUGGUAGUUUAACAUAUAUUGGAAUAGAAGCAAUUCCAUAUUUGAGAACAAUCAAAGAUAUAACAUUUCGAGUGAGUUCUGCAACUAUUGUAGAUGAAGUAUUUCGCGACUACACAAACUUAACAAGUGUCACAUUGCUAGGAGAUGUAAAAUCUAUUGGCAAUAGAGCAUUUUAUAAUUGCACAUCAUUAAUAAAUUUCACAAUAACAGGAAUUGUGAAAUCAAUUGGCUAUUGGUCAUUUUCUUAUUGCACAUCACUCACAAAUUUAUCAUUCACAUCGAAUUAUGCACCUAUUGGAUACGCUGCAUUUUAUAAUUGUACUUCAUUAAAAUAUAUUUCACCAAUAUGGAGUGCAACAUCUAUUGGAGGAUAUGCAUUUGCAUAUUGCAGAAACAUAACAAAUCUCACAUUCACUGGAUGUUUAACA